AUGGCGGAAAUGCUCUUGAAAGCACAGAAGUAUAUGAAUGCUGAAGAUGGGUUAGCGGCCAUAAAGGAUGCAGAGAAGCCAGGAGACACGGCAACAAAUGAAGACGACCGUAGGGGGCAAAAGAGAGAGCGAUCGGACCGUUGGAAUAAUGACGGGAAUAGGAGGAAAGAUGAUAAAAGUCCUCGGACGGACGAGCAUUAUCUCAAAUGGCCUAGACCAUUGCACUCAUCUCCCAAUGUCCGUGACAAGAACAAGUACUGUCGUUUCCACAAAGAUCACGGCCACAACACGGAAGAUUGCAAAGACCUAAAGGAGCAGAUAGAGGAGUUGAUACGGAAAGGGAAAUUACAAAAAUAUGUGAAGAAGGGAGAAUAUAGUAAAUUCAGGAACGAUAAUAAAAGCCAACAUGAGUCCUUUUCCCGGGAUGACAACCGUCCGUCCCAACCUCCGCACAAGGUGAUCGGGGAGAUAAAGACGAUUACAGGAGGGCCAUUUUCAGGAGGAUCCUUUAAAUCACUCAAGAAGGCAUACCAGAGGCAGGUAAAUAGUGUCCACACCAUAUCUCCGUCUAAGCACCGACGAACAUACCAGGAAAUGUCCUUCAAUGAAGGAGAGGCCAUGGGAGUGAAGCAGCCCCACAACGAUCCCUUGGUCAUAAUGCUGAAUAUAGAAGGAUUCAAUACCAAGAGGAUCCUUGUCAACAAUGGCAGCUCCGCAGACUUCAUCUACCUUCCAGCCUUCCAGCAACUGAGACUAGAUCCAAAAAGACUGCGCCCUUUUGACUCUCCACUCGUCAGCUUCAGCGGAGACCGGGUAUACCCCAAGGGCAUAGUGACAUUGACAGUGACGGUGGGGGCCUACCCGGUGCAGUUGACUCGCCAGAUAGACUUCUUGGUGGUGGACUGCCCCUCAUCCUACAAUGUCAUCAUCGGGAGGCCCACACUCAACAAGUGGAAAGCGGCGACGUCCACCUACUGUUUGAAGGUAAAAUUCCCAACAGAUAAUGGCAUUGGUGAAGUGAAAGGAGAUCAAGUCCUGACAAGAGAAUGCUAUCAAGCCGUCCUGGCUGCGAAGGAGAACCACACGUGGAUGAUUGAAGAAAAGGAAGAAGACAGAAUGGAGGCCCUGGAAACAGUGGAAUUGGUAGAAGGAGAAGCGAACAUGACGACAAAGAUAGGAACGACGUUAAGCCCCGAGAUGAGAGCAAGACUCAUAAGGUUCCUUAAAGAAAAUCUAGAUGUCUUUGCAUGGAGCCACGAGGACAUGCCGGGCAUAGCUCCAGAAGUCAUCCAGCAUAAGUUGAGUGUGAACCCGAAAUGGAAGCCCGUCCAGUAA